UUACCUAUCUCGCAAAACCGAAAGUAGAAUUGUUACAAUGAUAAAGUACAUUUUUGGAAAGUUUAUCAGUGGGAUUUUCCACAAAACAAUGUUAUUAUUUGGUAAAUCCAACUAAAUAAUAAAGAAAUAUACGGAAAUUAGGAAUAUCGAAUUUAUAUGGUAGCUUCAAAAAUAAGAGCAGCGAAGUACUUAUAUAUUGAUAUCAACCCGAUAUUAUGGACAACAUUACAGGUGCGGAAAAACCUUUAAAUGAAACACAGGAUAUGGUUAUUGUUACUCGAAGUGCGUCCAAACGGAAGCACUCAGAUAAUGUUGAUGAUAAUGAAAAUAUAAAGAAGCAGAAAGUAGAUCCCCAAAAUGAGCAAGUGAAGGAGAACAUCAAAGUUGAAAAUUUGGGGAAAUUUUUGCAGCCAGAAAAUGAUGUCAGUACCAAAAAUACAGACGAGAACUUAGAACCAACAAAUUCAGAACUAAAUGGAAGCAAUAUCGCCCAUUUAAAAGAUGAUGACGCCGUAAGUCUCGAUGACAAAAAUGAAUUCAAUUCAAAUUCAACGGAUACAAUAGACAAUGACGAAGAGUUCAAUGAUAACGACAACCACCGAGUUUCUAAAAUUGACGAAAGUCAACAUGAGCAGAGUGAUAUUCCCUGUACAGUUUGUAAACCUGUAUCAGAAAGUGAUAUCAUUAGCCAUAAUCGUGAUUCCAGGUCAACUACUGGAAUUGAAAACGAAAACAACGCUACAUCCGCUGUUCAAGAUCCCGAACCAAUAAAGAGAAAAGAAGCGAACAAAUUUCGAAAGUUAUAUAGACUGCUAGGAGAUAGUGAAAACAAAGACGAUGGAUUAACAGCUAAAAACCCUCGGUCAAAUACUGGCGUUGCGGAGCAUGUUGCAAAUGGAAGCAAUGGUGGGGAUUCUAGGUACAUAUCAACAUGUUCCACUCUUUCAGCCGCACAAAACUUGCUCAGAUUGAAAAAAAGGAGUAGAUUCAGAAACGGAACGCAUAGGAUCGUAGAAAUUGAUGUCAACAAUCUACCCCUAAAGGUCAACAUUAUUGAUCUCACAGAGGAAAAUCUAAGAAAAGAUUAUGCAUAUGGAAAGGAAGAAACAAUCAGAAAUUUUCAUAGAUAUGCAGAGUCACAUGGUGAGGUCCUGCUUGUAGGAUAUAUACCUGCAUAUUGUCUUCAAUAUGUGUGAUAUUCUACUAGAAAAGGGCUCUUAACAUCGACAGUUAUGUUCGAGACCGACAAUGGAAAAUUGUCAACAAUUGUAUUAAUAAUCACGGGCCGGGUGGUAAUAUUUAUGCUUAAAACCCAAAAUAAGGGGAUAGGUUGAUAUCAGAACACUAAAUCGUGAUUUUACAUCAAAAGCAAAAUGUGAUAAAUAUUAUACAAAAUCUAUGUGUUUCCUCAUAUUCUUGAUUCUUUCAAUCAUGUAUUUAAGACUUAAAUCUUUUGUGUAUUUGGUAUUUUUAUAAUUUAGAAUGAAAAUUUGUUAUUAAAAUUGUUGUGCUAGCACAUUUAUUUUGUAGAAUAAAAUACUAUGUGAAUUUUAA